AUGUCGGGAAGUAAAGAACAUUUCCUGUACCAGACGAGGUCCGAGUGCCACUUCACCCCCAAUGGGACGCAGCAGGAGGUGCACUACCUGGACAGGUACUUCUGGAACCGGCAGGAGUAUGUCCGCUUCGACAGCCGCGUCGGGGAGUUCCAGGCCAUCACGGAAUUGGGAGAGCCCACAGCCCGAUCCUGGAACAACCAGAAAGACUUCCUGGAGGGCAAGCGGCACAAUGUCGAUCGCUUCUGCCUGUACCACUUUGACAUCUUUGAGCCCUUCGUCAGCAAGCGGAGAGACAAAAUCUCUCGGAUUCUGGCCGACCUGGAUGGAGACUCCACAAUUAAUUUGAUCUCUGAACUGGAGGUGUCCAACAAUUCCUCUUAUGCGAUUCGACUGGAUCAGUUUCAGUUUGUGACUCCUGAGGAUGUGAACAAGCUGUUUGGAUCGUUGUAUUUUCCAAAAUUAACUAAUCCAGACUGGAAAAGAGGGGAGAGAGGGACUUUGGAAGAGCUGGGGGCAGGGGGUUCAGAGAGCCAUUGGGAGGUUAUGGUGGUGGUGGGGACUUUCUUCUGGGUAAGUCAGGCAGAAGUGGGUUCCUUCCCCCUCCCCUAUUUGAAGCUUUGUGUCUCUGACCCUGAUCCUGUCUCCUCUCCCUCCCCUCCAGUCCAGCCCGCGGUGACAAUCACCCUCACAGACUAUGACCGCUCCUCCCAAAACGGUAUGCUGGUUUGCAAUGUGGACAACUUCUUCCCUCUGGAGAUUGAAAUCAAGUGGCUGAGGAAUGGGAAGGAGGAGGACCCCCACAAAGUGGUCACUACCGACGUGAUGGAGAAUGGGGACUGGAGCUACCAGAUCCACGUCAUGCUGGAGACGCAGCUUAUACGUGGAGACGUCUUUGGCUGCCAGGUGGAGCACGCCAGCUUCAAAGGCUCCGUCACUGUGCAGUGGGAACCUCAGACAGAUUCCGCCAGGAGCAAGAAGUGGACGGGGGUCGUGGGGAUCGUGCUGGGGCUGGUCUUUCUGCUCCCUGGACUCGUCCUCUACCUGAAGAAUAAGAAAGGGCGUGCCAUUCCUCAACCUGGAGGACUUAUCAGUUAGAGUCCACAGCUCCCCUGGGAUCCCACAAAGUGCAGAAGCAUUUUUUGUUGUCCCUUUUGAAAAUCCAUCUUUUCUUGCUUGGAAGAUGCAAAGUUUGGAAGGAGCACAGGAAGAACUGAGGACAAGCACAGCAUCCUCCUCACCUCCAGUCUGCCUCACAAAAAAAGACCACCUCUUUUUUUCUUUGUUUUUGCCUUUUAUCACUCUCUAUUUGGACAGGGGGUGGGUUGGGGGGUGGGAUACCCUUUGAUGUCUUUCCGGCAUUUCAUCCUCUCGCCUGCCACUUGACUAAGCUUGAGAUUUCUGCCCGCAUCUUGUACGGAUGGCCACACCAUGCACUGAGUCCCUCUUGGGAAUCUGGACUGUCCCUUAAACAGCAGCAGAGUCCUGUGACCCUUAAAAAACGGCCUCUUAGUCUUUAAGGUGCUGCAAGAUUCUUUGUUGGUUUUGCUGCCACGGAUUAACACAUGGCGAUCUCUUGUGAAUGGUCCCUGGGCUAUUUGCAGAAGAACCUGUCUUACAGAUUAAAAUGUGUAUUUUA